UCAAUCUCUUCUCUAGUAAUAAUAAUAAGAAUAUGGGUAGUUUGGCCGAGUCACCACCGUUCCAGGGCGAGUUCAAGCCGCUUGACCCGGCCGAGUUCCGAAAGCAAGCCCACCGAAUGGUGGAUUUCAUCGCCGAUUACUACCAAAACAUCGAAACCUACCCAGUUCUCAGCCAAGUUCAGCCGGGGUAUCUCCGGUCCCGUCUGCCGGAGACCGCGCCCUACCGGCCGGAGGGAUUCGAAGCAAUUCUGGAGGACGUGAAGAAGACUAUUAUUCCGGGCAUGACACAUUGGUUAAGCCCCAACUUCUUCGCAUUCUUUCCGGCCACCGUCAGCACUGCGGCGUUCGUCGGGGAGAUGCUCUGCACGUCCUUCAACGCAGUCGGGUUCAACUGGCUGGCGUCUCCGGCUGCCACGGAGCUGGAGAUGGUGGUCAUGGACUGGCUGGCGAACAUGCUCAAGCUUCCCAAGUCGUUCAUGUUUUCCGGCACCGGUGGCGGCGUUAUACAGGGAACCACCAGUGAGUCGAUCCUCUGCACUCUGAUUGCGGCGAGGGACCGUGCACUCGAGGUCUUGGGCGUCCACAACGUUGGCAAACUGGUCGUGUAUGGCUCCGAUCAGACCCAUUCCACGUACACGAAGGCCUGCAAGUUGGCCGGGAUUUUCCCAUGCAACAUACGAUCAAUCCCCACCUCGCCGGAAACGGGAUUUUCUUUGUGCCCCUCGCUCCUCCGGCGAGUAGUGGAAGCUGACGUGGCAUCUGGGUUGGUCCCGCUUUUCCUCUGUGCCACGCUGGGGACAACUUCAACCACGGCCGUUGACUCCCUGCCCGAUCUUGCUGACGUGGCAAGCGAUCACGGCAUUUGGCUUCAUGUGGACGCAGCUUACGGCGGAAGCGCGUGUAUUUGCCCCGAGUUCCGUCACUACUUGGACGGAAUUGAACGAGCCGAUUCACUGAGUCUGAGCCCCCACAAGUGGCUACUCACCUUCUUGGACUGUUGUUGCCUGUGGGUCAAGAAGCCCGGGUUACUUGUCAAAGCAUUGAGCACCAACCCGGAAUACUUGAGGAACGAACUCAGUGAGUCCAAAUCGGUGGUGGACUUCAAGGACUGGCAAGUGGGUACGGGUCGCCGGUUCAAAGCGCUCCGGUUGUGGCUCGUGUUCCGGAGCUACGGCGUCGCCAACCUCCAAGCCCACAUCCGGUCCGACGUGUGGAUGGCGAAGGAGUUCGAGCGGUCCGUGAAGUUGGACCGCCGCUUCGAAAUUGUCGUGCCGCGGCUCUUCUCGCUGGUGUGCUUCCGGUUGAACCCGUACCCGGAACCUGACCCAUCUUACACGGAGCUUUUGAACCGAAAGCUACUCGAGUGGGUGAACUCAACGGGUCGACUCUACAUGACCCACACCAUAGCGGGUGGGAUAUACAUGCUGAGGUUCGCGGUGGGGGCCACACUCACAGAAGAGCGCCACGUGGCUGCCGCUUGGGAGUUGAUAAAGGAGGGUGCCGAUGCUUUGCUCAAAGGGGGCCAUUAUUCUAUUGUGCAAUAAGAAUGUAACAAUAAAUAAUAAUAAUAAUAAUAAUAAUAAUAAAAUAUGUUAGGCCAGCAAGAUAUUUGAUUCAAAAGAAAUAAAAUUUGUAUUUACUUUUUAAUAUUUCU